GAUGGCGACCUCGAAGGAAGUUGCCGUCAACGGUCGCGAUACGUUUUUUAGCAAAUCUCCUUUCCUGAAGAAACCAACAAGCCUUGUAUUACCAAAAGAUGAACAUGUCAAGAAAAAAAGAAAGGCGAGUUUCGAAGAAGAGACAAAACAUUUGGAGAAUUUUGGCAAAACGCAUCGUUUGAGUUCGCACGAAGAGAGUUGGAACAUAACGUCUGUGUCGCCGACAUCACCAACACCGUCACCAACAAAAACACCGAACAACAGUUUAAAGACAACCUUAAAGAAAAUUAAAAAGGAAGGUGGGAUGCAAAUUUAUGUUGAAUUAGCUUAUGGUUGAGAGAAUUAAUUGUAAAACGGAAGAAAUCCGGGUGCUUAAACAAAUCGAACUCGUAGAGGAUACAGAAUUGUUUGUUCUGCUUAACUGUGGUGGCCGUUUUUUUACAAUUUUGCAAACCUAUUUGCAUCCGUUUGGUAUGGGUUUUCAAGGGAAAGAAUUGGUAGCAUUUUGGAGGAAAAUUUUCUUGUUUGUUUGUGAAUCUAAAGAGUUUUUUCACGUCAAACUUCACCAUAUUGACUCCGAUCUUCGCCUAGCAUGUGUGACUUGGGCAACCAGACUUCCCUUAUAAGACAGAAGUUAAAUUCUCAGUGGUGUGGAGGAAAUUUCCAUUGCAUUGUGGUGAAGGGUAUUUGUUUUAAAAGAAAGAAAGAUAUUUAUGUUGAAUGCUCUCGUUUUAUUUCCUUUUAAAGUUAAUUCGGCGUACACAAGUGUGUAACUUUCCACGUGUUUUUACAAACAAAAAUGCUGCGGAAGAUGAACUUGUCUUGCACAAAGAAGUGACAAAGGAGUCGAUCUUAAUAUAAAACAUAGAUGCACUUUUAAAACUUAAUUAAAAUAGGAGACUUUCCAACUCUGAGAAUUUAAAAAAGUGAUUAAUUUGUGGUUAUUGCAAUGUCAUGAUAUGCAAAGGAUGGGUAGUUGCAGUAUCAGCAUUUGUUAGAUGUACCAAUAUUGUUUUACCUAUAAGUAAACGGUGUAAGACCUGAUCACACGAGUUGUGUUUAUUAUCCAUUGUCAGGGAGAAAAGGGCAAGUCUGAUUUGAAAUUAAAAGUAUCUCAGAGAUCUAACAAUUGACCAAACUUAGUGGAUUUCAAUGUAGCAUUGUAACUUCAUACAUGCAUUUGCUCCCUUGUUGAUACCCUUCAUUGGAAAAGAAGGCAAUCCGAAAAUAGUUUUAAGGCUCAAAACCCAACUUAAACAUUAAAUGAACCAUAACACUCUUUUUUUAACAUAAGUACAUUACUCCUCAAGGGAGAAGUUUGCCCUAAAAACUAUGUAAUUGUCCUGAUAUUGAAACAGAUGUAGUUGUAUGAAUUUCAUUCAGUUGUAUUUUGAGAUUCCAGGGAAGAAGCGACCUUGUACCUGCAUUAAAAUUGUUUCCAAAUAUAAACCAGCAAUUUUUAAAAUGUACCACUUACUAACCAAGUUUGAGAUCUUUAUAGUAAGCAACAUUUAUGAACCAUGUAUUUCCCCCUUUGGAUUUAUAGCCAAAGUGUGAUAUGUGCAGGCCAUAAAUCCUAGCAGAAAAACAAACUUUUGAAUUUAGUGGGCGGCACAAUGAGAUAUGGCCUGGUAAAUUUACCAAUCAUUAAUAUGGUCUCUAAAAAAAUGUUAUGAUAAUUUUUUUUCUGAAAGAAUUGUUAUUAUUUUGCAGGGAAGUGUGAAUUUACACCUGCAGCCCCAGAGAUUAUUUCUCACAAUGAUUUGAAACUGAAAAUCAAGAGAAACUCAGGUAAUGAAUCCACAUGAAUAUAGCGCCAGUAAGUUUUCAUUACUUACAGUUAUUAACCCUUUAACUCAUUGAAGUGAUUAACAUGUAACUUCUCUCUAUCAUAUCCUUGCAUCGUCCUGCAAACAAGUUAUGAGAAUAUUCAAACUUAUCAGAGGGAAGUUGUUGAUCUAACAACAAAUUAUUGCAAAUUUAAUGUGUCACAGCUAGAGGGAAAAAAUUAACUGUGAGUUCUUGGGGGUUGAAGGGUUAAUGAUCAUUCCAUCUAUGCCUAUCUCAAACUCCAUAACUCCAUGUAAUGAGUCUGACUAGUGUUUGUGGUAUAAUAAAACAAUGGAGGAUAUGUUUAUGAGCAUAAAGAUGUUUUUGGGUUAGACUCAAAGUCAUUUUACCCUAAAUUGUGAGGCAAGGGUUGAAAUGACUCUGGAAGGGCUCGAAACAUAUUUAUUCCCAAGAAAAUAAGCUGUAUUACAUUUUAUCAUUGGGGGGUAUUGAUAAAAUAAAAACUGAAAAAUAUAGCCCAAAAUAAAAGAAACAGGCAGAACAAUCAAUGCAAGUAUUUAAGCCUGCCAAAAUCUCCAUUUUAGCCUACAAAAUGGACAGCAAUGCCCAACAAAGUGAUAAUAAUGGUGUUUUGUUGCGGUGUAUGUGCUGAAAUGUAGAAUGACUUACAGGUCAAAACUAUUCAAACCAGAUUGGUCAGUGUUUUCCUUUGUGCUUGAUACAUCCUGAUAUUCCCUAGACACCAGAAAUUGGAAGUCAAACUGGUUAACCCUUACACCUUAGCAACAGUAUGUAUAUUCCCAAUACAGUUAUUGCUCAAUUCCUAAGGUGUUGACAAAGAGAGUUUUCUUAAUAAUCGAGAGCUUUUUUAGUUGGUGAUCAUUUCCUUUAAUCUCAUGACCUUAAUGUGUGAUUCAGUAAGGAGAAACAAGAUCAUAGUCACUUUCAGGGAUGAAAUGUUUAAAGACAAAUUUAAACUAACAUCAUUUCAAAAUACAACAUGUAUAUUUUGGAACCACACAAAACAAUGCUAUGGCAAUUACUAUAACUGUUGUGAUACAAUACUAGCUGAACUUAUGAUUUCUAGACUAAGCAACCUAACUCAGAAGUUUCAAUAACUUUUUCUAGAAGAGGUUGAGAAAUUGUAAUUGGUAACAAAGCCAGAAAAAGUGCAAUCAGGUGAAACUCAAACAGGCUGAACAGAUGGCAGUAAUUGGUCUUGUAGGCAGCAGUUGGCCACUGAUGAGUGGCUCUUAGUUAACCCUUUAACUCCUAAGAUCUCAAUAGUAAUUCUCCUUACUGUCUGCCAUACAAAUCUUGUGUUGUUAGUUUGGAGCAUUUGGAAUUGGAUCAACUAAUAAUCCCCUAAUUGAUAUCUUUCUUUGUUCUCAUCCCUCAUCUACUUGAUAUUGUAUUGAUAUUGUAAGGAGAAAUUCUGUCUCAGUCACUCAUGGGAUUUAAAAGGUUAACCUGCAAAUAUUUUUUAUUUUCACAGUUGACACAAAUCAUGAAAGCAAUGGUACUGCUAAACUUAAUGGAGGAUCAGAUGUAAAGAAAAAGAAGAAGAAACACAAGGAGCAUCAUCAUUAUCAUCAUAACCAUGAAGAGGAAAAGAAUUUUAAUGAUCAAGAUUAUACCAUUAGAUUAAAUCCAAAGGAAAAAACUCGUCUCUCGCAUCUGAUUCAUACAGAGGUUGACGCCAAUGGUGGAGCAUCAGUGCUGCAUGUUUAUACAGAUGAAAUUGCUGGGUUAAGAGAAGAAAAGCUGCAAAAGUUUGUCAAACUGUUUUUUCGUGAAGUCUUUGCUGAAAAAAGUGAAGGUGUGGCAAAAAAUGUUAUGGGCAUUGUUCAUAACGCUGCAGGAUAUCUACCUGAACUUGUGAAACACUUUGGAGUAAAUCAUCCAAAUUUGACUGUCAAGGUUUCUUCUUUAUAUAAAAAAUCAGACCUUGAGACUUUGAAGAUGGAGGAAUUCAUGCAAAGAGUGGAAUCUUCCUAUGAUUGUGGGACAUACCGGUCAGGCCCUCUUCUGCAGUUCAGCUUAGUUGGGACGGUUCAGGAGGAAAGUGGAGGAUAUUUCCCAGAGUUUUUGGACUUACUUGAACAAUGUCUCUUUCUGAAGGAGACAAUGCCUUGGGGAACUUUCUCAGCACUUAAUUUAACUGAGCGAAACAAAAGCAAUGAUGGCCCUAUCAUGUGGGUUCGACCAGGAGAGCAGGUUGUUCCCACAGCAGAAUCAAGAUCACCAUACAAGAAGCGAAGGUAUGUCAUGCACAUUGUUAUAUGGUUUUGUUGUAAUGUAUGUCAUGGAUGAAGCUUGGAAAAAUGUUUGGUACUUAACAAUUCGAGUCAGUCUGCUAGCCCUAAAGUUAUGUCUUCUUUCCAUGAUUUUGUUUGUCCUGCACCAGGUCAUGAUAGCGAUUCUACAAUACUUUGCUCAAAUCAUUUGGAAUUUUUAUUCAAGGUUUAGUAACUGUGUGUAGGGUUUUACAAACUGGCCUUUAAUAAAUGUUUAAACAUUUAAUUUUAAAAGGGAGACUUGAUUUCACCUGUUGUGCAGCUCUGUAGGCCUUAAAGUGCUCUAGGCCUUAAUUUAUAUCUUUUUGUUAACUGCUAUUGUGAGUUAUUCAAUAACUUCAGCUUGCAAGUUGAAAGGUCAAUUGAGCUUCUUUUUUUUUAAUCAGGUGAUAAUAGCCAAACCUGGCAGCUAAUUGCUAUAUAAUCAUUUAGUAUUUACAUGUACUAGAUACUGUAAAUCAAAUCUUCAAUACUUUUUUUUUUCCAAGAAUUGGUGUAAAUGAACUCCAAAACCUCCAGUACCUUCCCAGGGUUUCUGAACCCAGAGAGAUUCUUGCCGAAGAUAGAACACGCUGUCAUGCUGAUCAUGUUGGACAUGGCUUUGACAGACAAACAACUGCAGCUGUUGGUGUAUUGAAAGCAGUCCAUGUAGGAGAAAUGUAAGGGAACAGUUCUGUGUACAAAAUAUUCAGUUUGCUUCUGUAGCUAUAAAACAUAAACCUUCUACAGGUAGUAUGCUGCCAUCAGAAUGUUUUGAUAGUUUGAUCAUCUUAAUGACAAGAAAUUGGCAGGUAUCAGAAUUGAAUGAUAAUGAUCACAGUGCUAAUGAUGAUGAGGAUAUUUUCAGAGCCUAAAACAGGAGUAUCUCUGCUUUUAGUUAACCCUUUACACCCUUACAUCAAUAUGCACAUUCUCCUUACUAUUCUCCACACAUUACCCUAAGUGCUGGUAAGGAGAAUUUGAUUAGUAAUCAAGAGCUUCUUUGAUCGGUGAUCAUUUUCUUCAUGACCUCAAUGUGUGAUUUUGGGGUAAUACUAUUACAAGAAAUUAGAUACUAGUCACUCUUAGGGGGUCAAAGAGUGAAGUUGAAAUAAAAAUUUUAUAGGAAUUGUCUUUUGGAGUUGGCUUAUCAUACUCAUCACACAAGCACAACAUGUAUAAUUUAGAGCUACAGCUGUAGAGAAUUAUUCCCACAUUUGAACACAACCAUUUAAAAAGUGUUAAGCUACCAUCCUAACAAUUUUCUUUUCACUUGCUUUCCAGUCCAGCUGCUAACAGAGACUGUAAGGAUGUGAUCUGUUUUAGUGCUGAAAACUUUAAUUUCCUGACUCAGAAACUGCAGUUGGAUCUUCAUGAACCUCCAGUCCAACAAGUGAGAAUACACUUUUAGACAGUGGUAUUCUAUGUUAUUUGCUCACAUACAACUCAACUUGCUUAAAUACCUCCUCCUCUAUCUGAUCUUUUUGCACUUACCUACUAAUUAAUAAUUUUUAUGUCCCCUCUUUCUAGUGUGUUAGUUGGGUAGAUGAUGCAAAAUUAAAUCAGCUGAGAAGAGAUGGUGUGAAAUAUGCUGCAUUCCGGCUGAGGGAUAAUGACAUCUACUUCAUUCCUCGCAACAUCAUUCAUCAGUUUAGAACAGUUACUGCAUGUACAAGUUUAGCUUGGCAUCUGAGAUACAAGAAUUACUAUCCUGAAUUAAAGGAACCAGAAAAGGUAGUGGAGCAGUAAGGAAAGAAAAUGGCCACAGGUGAACAUGUUGAGAAAUUUUUUGCUGCCACAGGCAGAAAUCUUACCUCUACUUGUAUGUAACAUGUUACUCCUUGAUGCUGUGUACGUGAUCAUGUAAAAUAUACAGCACUGUACAGCAUUAUGUGGUUCCCUUUUCAAAAGCCUGUUAGAAUUGUCACAGACCUCAAUGUCCCACCAUCACAAUGGUUUUUAAGAAGAAUUCACCAUUAGUGACAUGAUUACUUGUAUAUUCUCCCAGUCAGAGCUGGUCUCUGUCAUGUCCACCUCAUAAGAAGGUUACUUUUCUUUAAAGAAGCAUGCAGUUUAGAAAUAUAAGCACAUUCAUGUUUAUGACAAGUGUUGUCUGACCCCUCACAGUUCCAGUUCUUAUACAAUGUAAGCUAAGCAUCUAUGUUACACUUUAUACAGUAGCUGGUAAAGGCUGGUUUUCACUAAUUAUAAAGUCAGAAUCAGAGUUGCAAUCAGAAGUGAAGAGCCAUUACUGGUAUGUCAUAAUGUAGGACAAACUGAAAGAGCUGAGUGCAAGAUGCCAUUCUUCAAAUGGCUCAGUUACUUAUGAGCUAGUGAAAACUAGAUUGUUUGAGUCAUAAGCACUUGGGGGCUCAAGAACAAGCAUUGUGAUUAUCAACUCAUUUCAUUUCAUCAACUGAGUUCAUAACUUAAAUUGACUGCAGUAAAGAGUUGUAAAGCAGGGCUUCCAAGCAUUAGCAUUUGUCGUUCACUCUGACAUAGGGUUAAUGCAUGAAACAUCAGCUUUACAAACUCUUAAUGGUGGCCAAUUAACAUAAACAACUCAGUAGAUAAAAUCAAACUAACUUGUAAUACCCCUCGCCAAAAAUUAGCCCCAUACAACUCAGAGUUGACCUGUAACUACUGGACACCAACAUUAAGCUUUGUGAGUGGUUACUUGAGGUGGGUUAUCAUUACAAGUGUUACACCAUAGUUUCUUUGCCUUAAAGUGACUAAUUUGGACAAUUUAUUAGAAUAUCCUUCAUGAAUUUAAUGCCAGCUGAUUCAGGCACUUGAUGUACAACGAGUGAAUAUUAAGAGAAAGUGCUUUUAGUGCUCCUUCAAAAAUCAAGAUUCACUAUGUUUCAUUCUCCAGGUUUACUGAUUAAUUACAUGUAUUUUAAAAAUUCUCCUAGUAACAGUUGAAGAGUUACUUGCACUCAAACUAGAGUUUGUCCCUUCUAUUUUGUAUGAUAUUAUGAAUGAUAAAUCCAUGUGGGUGACAAUAAAUUGUUAUUAAAUGUAUUGAUAUGAUUUCUUAAGAAUAGGUUUAGUACCUAAAUAUUUCAUUUCGAAUAAUCCACUGGAAGCUAGUGACAGUCAAACCAAAGUUUUUACUGGGUUAAAGAAACCAAUAUGAGUACAAAGAAUUAUGUUGUACACUUUCAUUGAUCAUUCCAUAAGUGUUGGUUGAUCAGAUUAUGAUAAUCUGUAUUGGGCAGGUGUUAAAUCCAUGUUUAAAGUUUUUAUUUCUAUGGUUCUAGCUUUGAAAAUGUUAACCCUUUACUCCCAUGAAUGACCAAGACAUAAUUUCUCCUUACAAUAUUAAUGCAAUGUCAAGCAGAAAAGUGAUGAAAGUAAAGAAAAAUAUCCAUUAGGGGAUUUUUUUGUUGACCCAAAACCAAAUUCUCCAUACUCACAUCACAAGAAUUGUAUGGCAAAAAGUAAGGAGGAUUAAGAAUGAGAUCUUGGGAGUGAAAGGGUUAAGGAAAAAAAAAUUCUCAUAUCUAUAUACUAAGUAAUUUAUAGAAAAACAGUGUAAAUAAUAUAUUAUGGUAUGUUAACAGGGCACUUUAGGAGCUUAUUAACCUGUGUUUUGAAAAAUUCUGCAGAAGUCCCUGUCGGUUUCUGAGUUGCUGGUCAUGCCCCUUAAACCUCAUAUCAGAGUCGCCUUGACUGCACUAAUAAUGUAAAUUGUAAGGUGUCUCUGAUGUUGACAAGGCUUCACCUGAACACUGCUGAGCUUUUUUUUUCUUUUUAGGUGGCACUGAAACCCUAGUGAUAAUCUCCAUUAGGAAAUCAAGUGUAACAUGCGUGCAUGCUCUCUAUUGAAUCGUUUUAACUCGUUAACCCCUAAGAGUGAUUAACAUCUAAUUUCUCCAAUCAGUAUCACUCCUGAAACAAACAUUAAAAGUCAAGGGAAUUAAGGAAAUGGUCACCAACUACAGAAGCUCUUGAUCGUCAAACAAAUUCUGCUUGUCAGUACCAUAGGAAAUGUUUAGAGAACAGUAUUGAGGAUAUGCAUAUGGUAUAUAGGGUUAAACUAGCAAGUAUACUGCAGGGCUAAUACUGAAGGCUACUCAAAGGCCCUCAUUGCAUGUACUGAUAUUUAUCUUUAAACCGACUUUGAGAUCUAAAAGUAAGAGUGUAACCUGAUGUUGGCAACGAGUGAUUCGUUAUUAUAUCAUAUCUUUAAGUUCUGUUCUAGUGGUGAAAACUGUAGCAAUUUUUGUUCCAAAAUGACUUGGAGUAAGUUGUGCAAAAAGUGAGAACUAUAGUUACAACUGUUAGGGAAAAAUUCCUUAUGGGAGAGAAAAAAUAUUUUGAAACUGGAGAUUUUCUGCAAAUGGCAACUUUUAUAUAUUACAAGGGGUUGAAAUAGGUAACAGAAAUAAAUGACCAUAUCUAGUUCUCCAUGCACUAUGUUUGGUUGCCUUGCAAGGCACUGGAUGAAGUGAUAAAUGUUGUGGUUACAGAUUUCUAUCUUGUUUGUAAAGAACUCAGAGAUGCUUAAUGUUUUGCAUCAGGGGAUACAUGAGCAGAAACAAUUUCACAAUCAAUCCCUGUGCGAAAUUAGUCUGAAGCAUUUUUGCUUAAUUCUGUCAUACGCGCGGGCCUGGAAAUCUUGAUUAAUGAUUAAGUUAGACUCCUAAGUUUAGAGAAAGAUUACAUAAAUUGUUUGUAAAUCAUAACGAAAAGAAUUAUAGUUAUACUAUUUGAGAGAUAAAUAUUUCUUAUUUACCGUGUAUUUAAUAAUAAUUAUCAGGCCAGGAGAAAGUACGUUUGUCGCAAUUAGGGUAUGUUUUGCUACUUAUGAGAUCGCGUGACAUCUUAAGACCACGCUAUCAUUAAACAUGUCCGCAAAGUAAAUACAGCUACUAGGCUACCAGUUGUUUACCUCACUUCAAAACAAAACUAUAGCACUAUGCUAAGAAGUCGAGAAGUAUUUAUUGAUAGGUUGAGGAGUCGUUAACUUAUUAUCAUUGUAAAUAGUGUUUUUAUCCUUAUUAAAACUUAUUUCAAAG